CCACCUGACGUCAUUAACCUACUUUUAUUUAUUAGUAAUCGUUUGGAACGUUACUUUAAUUACUUUAAAAUGUGUCGUGUUUAGUGAAAGUUUAUUACGACAGUAAUUGUUUCAUUAUAGUUAUGUGUAUUGUUGCAGGAGGGCGAAGUGCAUAUCGGUUACGCAGGAUGCCGAUCGCGCCGCGCGGCCCACCGCCUGCAUCAACACCGCCUUACCACCUGCUGCCCCGUAGGAGACCCACGCUGACCCCCAAGUGUCCUUCUAUAAUAUAACGUUUAACUUUUAUACGCCUCUUUUAUACCAACCUUUAAGUAUAAGUACGCACAGUGUUAGUGUUAAGUGUCGCGCUCUAGUGUGAGUGUAUAUGUGUGUCGAUGGUGCGGCCGACAUGGGAAAAUCCUCGGCGAGAACACAUGGCCAAGAGAAUGAACGGAGAAUCAAAGCCAACAACAGAGAGUACAAUGCACAGUUCCGUUAUGCGAAUAAUUACAUCAAGACAUCGAAGUACUCGAUCAUAACGUUUCUGCCGCUGAACUUGCUCGAGCAGUUCCAGCGGCUAGCGAACUUCUAUUUCCUGUGCUUGUUGGUGCUGCAGCUGAUCCCGGCUAUCUCAUCGCUGACGCCCAUCACCACCGCCAUUCCGCUUAUUGGUGUGCUGGCGUUAACAGCUGUCAAAGACGCCUACGACGACUUUCAACGUCACCAAAACGACUCCCAAGUGAACCACCGUCGCGCGAAGACCUUGCGUAAUGGCAAGCUUGUGGAGGAGAAGUGGGCGUCUGUUCAGGUGGGAGACGUCAUCAGGUUGGAGAACGACCAGUUCGUCGCCGCGGACAUCCUGUUGCUUAGCACCUCCGAGCCAAAUGGACUUUGUUACAUAGAGACCGCGGAACUCGAUGGGGAAACAAAUUUAAAAUGUCGUCAGUGCCUUCUAGAAACAGCAGCGAUGGGCCAGGACGACGCGCAACUGGGUGCAUUCGAUGGCGAGAUCGUCUGCGAGACACCUAAUAACCUACUUAAUAAGUUCGAAGGAACAUUAAGCUGGCGCGAUCAACACUUUUCCCUGGACAACGAUAAGAUUCUUCUGCGUGGCUGCGUGCUGCGCAACACAUCGUGGUGUUAUGGAGUGGUGGUCUUCGCGGGGAAAGACACUAAACUAAUGCAGAACUCCGGCAAGACUAAGUUCAAGCGCACCAGCAUAGAUAGGCUACUUAAUUUUCUUAUUAUAGGGAUAGUAUUCUUCCUGCUGUCGAUGUGCGUGUUCUGCACGGUGGCGUGUGGCGUAUGGGAAUGGCUGGUGGGCCGCUACUUUCAGGCGUACUUGCCAUGGGACACGCUUGUGCCAGCCGAGCCGGCAUCUGGCGCGGUCGUCAUUGCGUUCCUAGUCUUCUUCUCAUACGCCAUCGUGAUGAACACUGUUGUGCCUAUAUCGCUUUACGUUUCCGUCGAAGUAAUAAGAUUUGCACAGAGUUUCCUUAUAAACUGGGACGAGAAGAUGUACUACGAGAAAACUGGAACAGCGGCUAAAGCGAGAACAACAACGUUGAACGAGGAGCUAGGCCAAAUUCAAUACAUUUUUUCCGAUAAGACGGGCACUUUAACGCAAAAUAUAAUGACGUUUAACAAGUGCUCUAUUGCCGGAGUAUGUUACGGAGAUGUCGUCGAUGAGACCACUGGCGAGACCAUCGAGCUAAAUGAGAGUACAGAGCCGCUGGAUUUCUCGUUUAACCCAGAGUAUGAGCCGGAGUUUAAAUUUUUCGACUCUACGCUACUGGAAGCGGUAAAGCGCGGUGACCGCGAGGUGCACGACUUCUUCCGGCUAUUGGCCCUCUGCCACACCGUUAUGCCGGAGCAGAAGAACGGCCGCCUUGAAUACCAGGCGCAGUCGCCUGAUGAGGCUGCACUGGUAUCAGCGGCCAGAAAUUUUGGUUUUGUGUUCAGAGAACGCUCGCCUAAUAGUAUUACAAUAGAAGUUAUGGGUAACACAGAAGAAUAUGAUUUGUUAUGUAUAUUAGAUUUUAAUAAUGUUAGGAAAAGAAUGUCCGUGAUAUUGAGGAAGGAUGGUGAAAUUAGGUUAUAUACAAAAGGUGCUGAUAAUGUAAUAUAUGACAGAUUAAAAUCAAAUCAAGCGGAAGUUAAAUCAAAAACACAGGAGCAUUUAAAUAAGUUCGCGGGCGAGGGUCUGCGUACGCUGGCGCUGGCGUGGCGGCCGCUGGACGAGCGCGGGUUCGCUGAGUGGAAAAAUCGCCACCAGCGCGCGGCGCUUGCGUUACGCGACCGUGACGAACAACUAGACGCCAUCUAUGAGGAGAUCGAGACCGAUCUACUACUAAUGGGUGUCACUGCUAUAGAAGAUAAAUUGCAGGAUGGUGUACCCGAAACAAUAGCGAAUCUCAGUAUGGCUGGUAUUAAAAUUUGGGUGUUAACGGGUGAUAAACAAGAGACGGCAAUAAAUAUAGGAUACUCAUGUCAGUUGCUUACUGACGAUAUGGCUGAGGUGUUUGUGAUCGACGGCUCGUCACACGACGACGUCGACAGACAACUAGCUAAAUGUCGGGACUCAAUACGGGUAGUCAACACCUUUCUGCCUCAUGGCACAUCGGAAGCAAAGAGGGAUACUGAAACGGCGAACGGUGGCGCGGCGGUAUCACGUCCGUCGCCCGGACGCGCGGCCAAUGUGAAACUGAACGCGCCCGCCGUCUCCGUCGUCACAUUUAGGUGGGCGCAAUCCUCACCCAGCAACGAGUACAUGUCCGGCAGCGGCCCAUACUCGGCGGAGUCGCACGAGCCAAGCAACGACGACUCCAACGGGUUCGCGAUAGUCGUAAACGGACACUCGCUCGUACACUGCCUUCAUCCUAAACUAGAAGAGAAGUUCCUAGAUGUAGUUUUACAAUGUCGAUCAGUAAUAUGCUGUCGAGUGACGCCAUUACAAAAGGCGAUGGUAGUGGAAUUAAUAAAGAAAAGUCGGAAAGCGGUCACGUUGGCUAUCGGCGACGGAGCCAACGAUGUCUCUAUGAUCAAAGCUGCCCACAUAGGCGUGGGUAUAAGCGGGCAGGAGGGUAUGCAGGCAGUAUUGGCGUCGGACUACUCUAUAGCGCAGUUCCGCUUUCUACAGCGACUACUGUUAGUGCACGGACGCUGGUCGUACUAUAGAAUGUGCAAGUUCCUCAGAUACUUCUUCUACAAGAACUUCGCGUUCACCGUUUGCCAUUUUUGGUUCGCGUUCUUUUGUGGAUUCAGUGCGCAGACGGUGUUUGACGAGAUGUUCAUUUCUGUGUACAACCUGUUCUACACAUCGCUGCCGGUGCUAGCUCUCGGCGUGUUCGAGCAGGACGUGUCCGACACCACCUCGCUACAGUUCCCCAAACUGUACGCGCCCGGACACACCAGCCAGCUGUUCAACAAGACUGAGUUCAUUAAGUCCACACUACACGGGUGUUUCACAUCACUCGUCCUGUUCUUGAUACCAUACGGUACAUACAAAGAUGGUCUAGCCCCUGAUGGAAAAAUAUUAUCAGACCAUAUGUUAUUAGGAAGUGUGGUCGCUACUAUUUUAAUAAUAGACAAUACAACACAAAUCGCCCUGGACACAACAUAUUGGACAGUGUUUAAUCACAUUACGAUAUGGGGCUCUUUGGUGUCGUAUUUCGUGUUAGACUACUUUUAUAACUACGUGAUCGGCGGCACGUACGUGGGCUCUCUCACGGUCGCCCUCACACAGGCCACGUUUUGGUUCACGGCCGUACUCACUAUGAUGAUCCUGAUGGUGCCGGUGGUGUCGUGGCGGCUGGGCAUGUCCCGCGCGCGGCCCACGCUCGGCGAGCGGCUGCGCGCGCGCCAGCGGUGGCGCGGGCCCGCCUCCGCGCCGCGCACGCCCUCCGCCCGCCGCGCGCGCCGCUCCGUGCGCUCCGGGUACGCGUUCGCCCACCAGGAGGGCUUCGGCCGCCUCAUCACCUCCGGCAAGAUCAUGCGCCGCAUCCCGCACGCGGACGCCGCGCUCUCCGCGCUCGCCUCGCUGCCGGGCAAGUUCCACGCGCGCCCCUCCACGCCGCCGCCGGAGCCGGAGCCGCGCGCGCCCACGCAGAACCUCGACACGGUCGACUUAUGA